GAAAAACAAUCUGCUGGCAGAAGCCUACAGCAUAGACAGAGAUGCCACAGCUGGUACAGAAGCCGGGUAAAUCCAUAGCAUGCCACAGAUGCCACGUGCGAAAAGUGAAAUGCUCAGGGGGUCAGCCUUGUGCAGCCUGUCGCGAUGGUGGGCAAAAUGUUGAAUGCGUUUACCCUAACCGUGAUCGUCAGAUCAAGCUGAGUCAACGAUAUGUGGAGACACUCCUAGAAGAGAUCGAACGAUUACGAAACAAUACUGCAGGCACACCAACAUCGCCUUUACCUACUGUUCAGACGGGAGAAAGGUUGAAAGAAACCUCGGAGCAUGAUGAAGGAAUGCAAAAUCCGCUGUUUAAGGAAAGACCAUGGUUUCACGCCGUGUCCUCUUUAGAUAUGCCGAUACACAUUGGCGAGGCUGCAGAUACAGCUUUUUCUACACGAUUCCGUCAAACUUACGUUCCAGAUUUGCUGGCAUCAUCUAUUCAGGAAUCGAAAUUCCGAUGGCCAAGCCCUGCUAGAGCACGAUUUCUACUGAAAGUAGCUCUAACCUCCAUAUGUCGCUACUAUCACAUCGUCCGCAAAAGUGUAGUCGAAGAAAGUCUUGAAGCGGCCAUCAAAAAUAACGGCCUCGGCGAAAGAUUAGUCAUUGGCAAGCUUCUGGCGCUCUUUGCAUUAGGAGAGGCUUAUUCCGCAAAGACUGCAGUUCACGUGCAAGGAACGGCAUUUCCUGGAUCCCCCUACUUCGAGCAAGUAACAAGAAUGGUUUGCUUCCCAACAGAACGGCCACAUAUGAACAUUAUAGAAAUCUCGCUUCUUCUUAGCCUGUACUCUUUUACGGUUAAUAGACGCCAUUCAGCAUAUCUUUUUGCUAGUUCGGCAGCUAGGAUCGGCCUUAUCAUGGGCAUGCAUCUCAAUAUGCCGGAAUCUCAAUGCCGAGAUCCUCUCGUAAUAGAGCACCGUGUACGCUUAUGGUGGUCAAUUUACAUAAUCGAUCGAACUUGCGCAUCUAAGCUCGGUUUACCUGUCACUAUUGCCGAUGACGACAUUCUGGUAAGUCUUCCAAGUAGAGAUGGGUGUGAUAGCACAGAUUGCAAUGAUUUCGGAGAUUUGGAGUAUGAACUGUGCAGUAUUGCUUUAUCCAAAAUUGCUGCCAAAUCCACGAAAGAAAUCUACAGCCGAACGCACCGUCGUGAGCCAUUUUCACAGCGGGUCCAAUCAAUUCUCAAGGAACUCAGUACCUGGCUGGAACAAUUACCAUCUAACUUACGAUUGAAAAACGACGGGUCAUCCUCUUCAGACCGCGCACAUAUUGUUUAUCUCCAUCUUAGCUUCAAUCAGGGUAUCAUUCUGGCUACGCGACCCAUUCUCCUACACGUUCUUGAUUGCCAUAGGAAUACACUGGCUGACCCAGAUGUUGGUCCGAGUGAUAGAGUGUCAGAGAAUGCACUGACACUAGCUGAAACCUGUAUCCAAUGUGCCAGGCACUCAUACCGGAUCAUUACGGAUGCAUGGAUUCAUGGGACAUUCGCUACUUUUGACUACUUCAAUACGCAAUACCUCUUCGUUGCAGCGACCGUUCUUGCGAUAUCUAGCCUUUUAGGAAAUCAACAAAACGACGGUGACAAACACAAUUUCGACAAUGCGGUUGAGCUUCUGCAACAACUAGAUCGAAGUGGUAGCUUUGGAGCCAAGGAAUUUUGUGAACAUAUCGAUGCUAUGCAACAAAGUAUGGCUGCUGUUCAUGAGAGCGAUUUGGUCCUGUCGCUGCCACAGAUUACACCAAACACGAACGAGGGUACGUUGGAAUCUCUCGGGGGCAAUGGCCUCACUGCAAGCAUGGCGCUAGCCGAACCUUCGUUCCAGGAUUUUCUCGCCGACACAGAUCUUGUUAUACAAGGAUUUGAUAAUCCCUCAAUCGAUAACCCAAAUACUCUCUACUGGCCUGAACUAUGGGGUGAGGGAUGGGCAUCAGCCGAUUGUUCCUAAGAACAUGGCGUGUAAAUGGAAUAUAAUAGUUUUACCGCAACCCGGUUGAAUCGAAGGCAAGAUACACGAGUUUAUUUAGCUAUACUAAUGAGAAGAAGAAGAAGAAGUGGUCAACCGGAUUUUGCAACCUGCCGGAUUGCGCUUGCUACAUACUCAAUGUUGUUUCCAUUCAACCCGCAGAUGCUCGCUCGACCAGAGG